ACAGCGUUACUUUCUUUGCAGUCUACUGCGCAAGGCAAGGUUGUCUUCUUCUGCUUCGCCCGGAUCAGGAACUACACCCCAGGCGCACGUUAGCGCACCCUCCACCUUCAGAGAUAAGAGGUCUCCGGAGUCGCGCGACCUUACCUUGCAGUUUCCAAGUCACCAACACUUGGACGUAAUAGUCAGAUCUUCAAUCGUUGAAUGCUAUAAGGUAAGGAGCUUUGAGCAUCGAAUUUGAUUCAUUUCGGUGGCUGAAAUCAGCUUAUCUUCACUGAUUUCGUUGAUUUCCCACCCGGAUUUGGAGGGGAAGCUGGCUUAUAUUUGGCAUGUGGGGACGCCUCCGUGAAGCUUCCUCAACUUACAAGCGAAUGUCAUCAAGAGAUUAUAUGCAUGUAGUUGAUCCAAAGGAAAACUCAGCUCUUUUACAGAACGAUAUGGGUCAAGAAACUACCAACCCUUCAUGGAAGCACUCACUUCCCCAUGUGCUUGUGGCAACCAUAUUCCCGUUCUUGUUUGGCUACCAUCUUGGAGUGGUUAAUGAACCGCUUGAAAGUAUUUCUUUUGAUCUCGGUUUUAGUGGGAACACAUUGGCAGAAGGUUUGGUGGUGAGUACCUGUUUGGGUGGUGCCUUAAUUGGGUCUCUACUUAGUGGUUGGAUUGCAGAUGGAAUUGGGCGCCGAAGGGCUUUUCAAUUGUGUGCUUUGCCUAUGAUUAUUGGUGCUUCUGUGAGCGCAAUAACAAAUAAUCUCGAGGGUAUGCUUUUAGGGAGGUUACUAGUUGGGGCUGGGAUGGGUAUAGGUCCGACUGUUGCAGCCCUUUAUGUGACAGAGGUUUCUCCUGCUUUUGUGAGGGGUACUUAUGGAAGCUUCAUUCAGAUUGCAACUUGUCUUGGCCUUAUGGCUGCUUUCUUUAUUGGAAUCCCUGUCAAGUCAAUAGUUGGUUGGUGGCGUAUGUGUUUCUGGGUAUCUACAAUUCCAGCUGCAAUACUUGCUCUUGCCAUGUCUUUUUGUGCAGAGUCUCCACAUUGGCUGUACAAGCAAGGAAGAAGUGCUGAAGCUGAAGUUGAAUUUGAGAAGCUCAUAGGAGGAUGGUAUGUCAAAUCUGCAAUGGCAGAAUUAUACAAGUCGGACCGAGGGGAUGAUGCAGAUACUGUAAAGCUUUCAGAAUUGUUUUAUGGUCGUCAUUUCAGAGGUAAGUAUGAUAUUUUUCUGGUAUACUUCUUGAGCUUUGUGAGUUCAGUUUUUCUCUAUUUUGCAGUUACUGGCCACAUUUACUGCCAGUCUGCCGCAUCUUCUUCACCUCCUUGCCCCUUUUCUCUCCCAAAUAUUUUUUGUUAUUCACUCAUUCCUUUUGCAGUUGUUUUUAUUGGGUCAACCCUAUUUGCUUUACAACAGCUAUCUGGUAUAAAUGCUGUUUUUUAUUUCUCAUCAACUGUCUUUAAAAGUGCGGGAGUAUCAUCAGAACUUGCAAAUGUUUUUGUGGGACUUGCAAACCUAGCUGGCUCUGUAACUGCGAUGCUUUUAAUGGAUAAAGUUGGAAGGAGGAUGCUUCUUCUUUGGAGCUUCUUUGGCAUGGCCGUUUCAAUGGUCCUUCAAGUCACUGCUGCAAGUUCCUAUGUAUUACAUCCUGGAGCUUUGUACCUAUCUGUUGGAGGCAUGCUCUUGUUUGUCUUGACGUUUGCUCUGGGAGCUGGUCCAGUUCCAGGUCUGCUGCUCCCUGAAAUUUUCCCCAAUCGGAUUAGAGCUAAAGCCAUGGCAGUCUGUAUGUCAGUGCAUUGGGUGUUGAACUUUUUUGUGGGGUUGCUAUUCUUGCGUUUGCUGCAGCAACUUGGACCGAUGCCAUUGUACUCUUUCUUUGCUACCUUUUGUUUGAUGGCAGUAGUUUUUGUCAAGAGAAAUGUGAUUGAAACCAAGGGGAAAUCCCUCCAAGAAAUAGAGAUAGCACUUCUCCCGCAAGAAUAGAGGAAGAUUAUGGAACCUUGUGUGAAGCAGGCUGCAUUUUAAGCAGAAUAUAGCUUUGUCACCGAAGUUCUGCCGUCAAGACAGGUGCUUUAUUUGGAGAAUAUAUAGUAGGCACAGAUGCAUACGUGUAACCAAGGGGGUGUUCGGUGUUCACCCACCGAGUUCCAUGAGUUAGGGCUUCGCAAAAUCAUGAGGUACCCAAUCAGAGUGGCUGAUGCUUCGCGCACUGGUGCAUUUCUGUUUGGGCUUUUUUACAUGUGUAUGAAAUGUUAAAGAGUGCAUUUGUGCGUAUUUUAUAGAAUGUUGCAUUUGUCAUAAUCAUUAAUAUAAGCUUUUCAGACU